AUGCUACUUUCCGAGCGUGGAAUGCGGAUCUGUGCGCCGAAGGAUAUGGGCGAUACCACCGACGGAGGCCGCUACAUAUCUCCCGCGUGUGAGAUUGCCGGCGACCGCAAUACGCUUGUAUACGAAGCCGCUUCGCGCUUUCGCCCCCUGUGGGAGCUUGACUCUGUGUCAGAGUUCAAAGGCUGCUACGCGGGUAUAGUGGGAACGCACUUUCGCGCGUACGAGCGGGGUAUUCUGCAUCGUGAUAUCAGCGACAACACCGUUUUGUGGCACCGGUCUUCUGACGGGAAAGUCGUUGGGUGUCUGCUCGACUGGGAUCUUUCCUACCCAAUUCAUUACGAUGUCGACAACGAGACUACCGACCCUCUGAACAGGAGAGGCACCAGCCCGUUCAUCGCCCUCGACCUGCAGUACGUGGCCUCGGACGGCAAACAUUUUCCACAAACCCAUCGCUACCAUCACGACCUCGAGUCGUUCUUCUGGUUGCUGCUAUGGGCUAUCGUACACUACGACAUCGAGCGCAAGUGCCGUGUCCUCUGCAGGUACCCCGGGUGGAUCGACGACUGGUGCAAGAGGCAAUCCUUCAUGUAUAGCUUUCACACUCGACGCGAAUACUUGAGUUUGACUCUCGAGUCGUGGGACGACCUGAGGAGGCGCUGGGUGUGGCCGCUAUUCAGGCUGUUUUCCGGGGCGCGCGACGCUUCGGUGGAUGUGGAUGAAGAGGGUCUGGACUUCCUUAACCAAGAGCAAUAUGGGGAGCUGGUCACGUUCGAGACGUUCACGCAGACGAUCAAGAUAGAGCCGAAUCGUGUACAGAAUCUUUUGAGGGCCGCAUGUGUAUGCUCAAAGCCUUCAAGGGGCAGUGAUGGUGCGUUGGGUGUUCAGUAUGCAUCGCUAGGCGGCAAUGGGUUGAAGAUCGGCAGCGCAGCCCACACCCUGAUCGAAGAGCAACGACGAAGGGAUAUUCAGCGAGAGCAGGCUCAUAGAGUUGUUAUGAGGUCUGUUGGUGUAGACCGUUAA